AUGGUCCAGUUCCACGAGCAUAUAGUGACGGACCUCCUCGACGAUCCGACAGGGGGCCUGGUGAUACUCUCUUCUGGGCUCUCCAUUCCGAAACUCCUCUCUUCCCUCCUCCUUCUACACGACCCAUCACAAGGAACACUCCUCCUCCUUCAACCCCCAAACCUUUCCUCCCUCAAAUCCCAUCUUCACCACCUCCUCCCGGACCUCAACAUCCCUGAAAUCUCCGCCGACCUUCCCCACCACCACCGCCUCUCACUCUACUCCUCUGCUAACGUCUGCUUCGUCACCUCCCGUAUUCUAAUCGUCGACCUUCUCACGCAAAGAAUCCCCACCUCCAAAAUUGGGGGUCUUGUUAUCCUCCACGCGCAUUCCCUCACCGAAACAGCUACAGAGGCCUUCAUUGCUCGGAUUCUCAAGUCUUUCAACCGUAAUGUUUGUAUUCGCGCUUUCUCCGAUAAGCCCCAUGCGAUGGUUUCGGGGUUUGCAAAGACGGAGCGGAUAAUGAAGUCUUUGUACAUAAAAAGACUGCACCUUUGGCCGAGGUUUCAGGUGUAUGUGUCGCAGGACCUGGAGCGAGACCCGCCAGUGGUGGUGGACGUGAGGGUGCCCAUGACCAAAUACAUGGUGGGGAUACAGAAGGCUAUUAUUGAAGUCAUGGAUGCUUGCUUGAAGGAGAUGAGAAAGACCAAUAAGGUUGAUGUGGAGGAUCUUACGGUAGAGAACGGGUUGUUCAAGUCGUUUGAUGAGAUUGUAAGGAGGCAGCUGGAUCCGAUUUGGCAUACAUUGGGGAAGAAGACGAAGCAACUUGUUUCUGAUUUGAAGACCUUGAGAAAGUUGUUGGAUUAUCUUGUAAGGUAUGAUGCUGUGAGUUACUUAAAGUAUUUGGAUACACUGCGAGUGUCGGAGAGUUUUCGGUCUGUUUGGAUAUUUGCAGAGUCCAGUUAUAAGAUUUUUGAUUAUGCAAAGAAACGGGUUUAUCAUUUUGUGCGUGCUGAUGGUACACAAUUAAAUGCGCUGAAGAGUAAGAGCGUGACUGGCAGAAAGAGAAAAUAUAAGGAAGAUGGCAAUGAUAAAGAUGGAGCUACUGGUUCUUCAUCCGCUACCGAAAGUAAUGGGAUAUUCCUUGAGGAGGUUUUGGAACAUACACCAAAGUGGAAGGUGUUACGUGAGAUUCUCAAAGAGAUAGAAGAUGGAAGACAAAAGCAAGCUUUGUUGGGGGAAGAAGUUUUGGCUAUAGGUGACAAUGACGAUGGUGGCAUUGUGCUAGUAGCAUGCAAAGAUGAACGCUCAUGCAUGCAGCUUGAAGAGUGCAUCAUGAACAGCCCGGAAAAGGUAAUGCGGGCAGAAUGGGAAAAGUAUUUGCUGAGCAAAGUAGAGCUGCGUGGAAAAGUGGAACAGCACAGCUUGCAACGACCACAGAAAAAGAAACCAAAUCCCAAAGGUUUUGGAAUUCUUGAUGGAGUUGUACCUAUAUCACCUGCGCAGAAUACAGAGGCUAGCAGCAUAAAUAAGCAAGAACAAGAAGUGCUCUUAGCGGCAGCCACAGAGAUAAGAAAACAGGGUAAAAAGGACUAUGUUGUUGAAGAUUCCUCCCAGCCAAAAGUUGGCACCAGAACGCUUGGAAGAGGAAGGGGAAGAAGGAGCAAAAAGGGUGCCUCAAAUGCUGGAGGUCCUGGAAGUGAAGAUAAUAUUGAUAACAAGGCAGCUGAACUAGCUACUUCAGCGAUCGAGGAGCAAACCGAUGCCAUUGAUCCGGCUGUUGUUACUAAUCAUAAUGAAGGUUCUCUUAAAGCUGCGCCUUUAGAGAAGGGGGUUCUUCGAAAGCAUACUCUUGAGUCUGAUUCUUCCAGAAUCAGAAAUGCCAAAGGACUGCCACCUAUUCACUUUUAUGCCCUAGAGAAGGAUCAGCCUAUACUGGACAUUUUGAAGCCAUCUGCGAUCAUUGUCUACCAUCCAGACAUGACUUUUGUCAGGGAGAUUGAAAUCUACAAGGCUGAAAAUCCCUCAAAAAGGUUGAAAGUCUAUUUUCUAUUCUAUGAAGCAUCUUCUGAGGUUCAAAAGUUUGAGGCAAGUAUACGCAAGGAAAAUGGAGCAUUUGAAUCUCUGAUCAGGCAGAAGUCCUCGAUGAUGAUCCCUGUUGAUCAGGAUGGGCACUGCUUGGGAUUGAAUUCUUCAUUAGAGCAACAAACUUCAAGUUCCCAAAACUCAAUAACCAGGAAGGCGGGUGGAAGAAAGGAAGCUGAGAAGGAAAUGCAGGUCAUAGUGGACAUGAGAGAGUUCAUGAGUAGCCUUCCAAAUGUUCUACAUCAGAAGGGCAUGCGCAUAAUACCGGUGACAUUGGAAGUUGGAGACUAUAUUCUCUCACCAUUUAUAUGUGUAGAACGAAAGAGUAUCCAAGAUCUUUUUAUGAGUUUCACGUCAGGCCGCCUUUAUCAUCAAGUGGAAACAAUGGUGCGAUAUUAUAGAAUACCUGUUCUUCUGAUUGAAUUUUCACAGGACAAAAGCUUUUCUUUUCUGUCUGCAGGUGAUAUCGGUGAUGAUGUCACUCCAAAUAGUAUCAUAUCCAAACUUUCGCUGCUUGUUAUACAUUUUCCCCGACUUCGAAUCAUCUGGUCACGCAGUUUGCAUGCUACUGCCGAAAUAUUUGCUUCACUGAAGGCAAACCAAGAUGAACCUGAUGAGUCGAAGGCAAUUAGAGUUGGCGUUCCCUCGGAAGAGGGUAUAGUGGAAAAUGAUGUGAGAGCUGAGAACUACAAUACAUCAGCAGUUGAGUUUCUUAGACGACUUCCUGGAGUGACAGAUUCUAACUACAGAGCUAUAAUGGAUGGGUGUAAGAGCUUGGCAGAACUUGCUCUCCUCCCCUUAGACAAGCUAGCUGAACUAAUGGGUGGUCAAAAAUCUGCUCGGACUCUCAGAGACUUCCUUGAUGCCAAGUACCCAACAUUGCUAUGAUGCACCAACUUGCUACUGUAGAAUGUACUCGUCAUUGUGCAAUUCUGUUGCAUUCUUAAUUUAUUCAGCUGUAAAUUUAGUUGUUAUUUUUUUCAACAGAAUGGAAUUGCACCAUAUGUAACAUACAAUGAUCUAUUUCUCUAUCAAUCUAUUGCUGAUUUGACUUA